CCCCUAAUUAGAAGACGGAUAAUGGUAAAAGUGAUUUAAAAAAUGGCAGUUAUUUUCUCAGCGUAUGUCUAGCUAAUUUCACAGCGAGUUUCAAAGACAUGUCCAAAGGUAGCCACUUCUGAUGACUAGAAGUGUACUUCUGAUGACUAGAAGUGUGAGAACCCUAGCUGUGACAUUGAAGUAUAGUACUUACUGUGAUUUACUCUCGGACAGAGCUGUAUCAUGUUUUCAAUGUUAAAUAGCUGGUUAAUAUUGUGUGGAUAUUUUCACUUAAACGGAGCAUUGGGAACACAAUUAAUAUCUGUUUUUGAAUACAGACGUCGAUGUCCAAAUUCAAAAGAAAAUUGGCAGGAGAGAUCCGAGAGGUAUUUCUGCAAUGCGCCUGCGCAGUAUCACUGCAUGCUCAAAGAAGACGGAAACCUUGUGGAAUUUUGUGCCGAUAUAAUUUGGGUUGAAGAGGACUACUGCCCAGUGUAUAAUGUUAAAAUCAGAAGCAUCGACGUCAGCCUCUGUCCAGAGAACGCAGAUUGUCCACGUGGCCACUAUCUCUCAAAUACGGUCUACAAAUAUCCUGAUUGUCUACAAAGAAAACAGCAUUCGACUACUACUACUCCUAAUACUGCCUCUAAAACCCUGGAACGAAUCGGUGGAUCCUAUGGCAAACUCCAGAACUCGAGGAACACCGGUGAAGUGGUUAACAGCGUGGUUCUGGUCUUAGUUCUAAUUUGCAUGAUCUGCAGUGUUAGUUCAUUCGGAAUUUUACUAGUCUUUGUGCGAAAAACCAAUGUUAAAGCGUGUAGACCAUAUGAAGACGAGAAAACUGAAAAGGCUUGGAGUGGCCAUGGAGUAUUGUAUAUUUGAUUUUAAAAAUGUGGUUAAUAACUGGGCUGGAGACAGGUUAAAAUCCAGUGAAUCUGCAUUUCAUUCAUAACGAAUUUUACAACCUUCAUGUCAGCAAUUGUCUGGCAGUAGUUAGGGGAAUACAAAGAUUUAUAUACUGUACAUGCAUGUGUAUGCCUGGGGAAAAAACCUUCCAACAUCAUAUAUCCCGAAGAUAUCGCCUGAGGAAUGUAUGAUUAAAUCUCCAUACACCUUAAACUUCAGACAAUAAAUUCUUUAUUGUACCGAAUCCACACCUACUCACAAAAUGUUUCCACUUGGAAAACAAAUUGAGAGUUUGAUUUUAGCCUGAGUGUCUCUAUAUAUAGUACCUCUGGGCUCUGACAUUUUUUUAACAAUAGAGUGUAUCUACAUUUACUACCUCUGUUUAAUAAUAUAUUGUGUGGAAGAGGUGGAAUGUUUUUAUUCCAGGAAAAUAAAAUGUCUGUCCUUCCAAAACAUGCUCAGAUCACUGAUAUAAAGCAAUCAUAUAAUUGACUAUGUAUAUAUUUUCUCACGAGGUAAGAUAAUAGGUAUUCCAGCUAACUUUCAUUUCUAUCCUGUAUAUUUGUGUUUUAAUUUACAUUAGUAAUGGGCAACAGGCAAUAUAAUGUUAUUUGAGGACACUUUUUAAAAAAAAAAAUGAAUCAACUGUAUUCGUAUUUCUGUGUUUGUAAUGGUGACUUUGUUUUUGGUGUGUUAGGAUACAUACUAAUACACUACAUAAAGGGUUGUUUGCUGCUAAUGUGAUGUUAAAAGCUUUAUACGAUAUUACAUGUACAUGUGUGUAGAUCUAUACUGAUUUAAAUCGACAAAUAGAAAAGAAUCAUUCCAAAUGGUGCAACUUAAUAUUAAAUUUGGCGUGUCCAAGGUAGCGUGCUAAGUCCGUUAUAAUUUACUUUGAUACGAUACUAAAUGUAUAUAUGACAAUGGCACUGCCAUACCUUCUGCUAAAACAGAUCUUAACGUUAUUUUCAUUACAGUUAAAGUGUUUAUCAUGGUCUUAGAAAGACUGAAUUCUAUCUGCAUAUAAAUAUCAUGGUCCACCUAGAAAUUCGAAAAUUGUAUCCAAGUUGAUAUGGUAAAUGAAGUAAUCUGUAGUCAAAAUCAGUGAGUAAAUAACGGUCUUAUAAUAGAAUGAAAUACAUCAAACAGCUGACCUACUGUUUGAUUACUGACAGGUUUAAUUUUUGCAAAUUCUAAAAAUCAUUAUAAUAAUAUAACGAUCAUAUGGAUAAAAUGUUGACUUUAAUGAGACUGUUGAAAUCCCUAAAACAUCAACUUGUUCGUCAGUAGCUUGAUUCAGAUUCAAAAUUAAUCAAACACAGAACAUGUUUUCGAGUAUUUAAUCUGCUGGAAAACAAAAACACCAUUAAAGAUGAUAAAGUGUUGACAGUAAACAAUGGCUAUUGAAUCUUGUUGAUCUGUUGAUCAGGAGUUAAGAGAUUGGUCACUGUUCGUUAUCUUCACCUUUCAUCAAGUAGUGCAAAAAGAAAAUUCAUUUUCGUAGAUAAAAGAGUAGGAACCUUGUGGUGCUUUUAUAAUUACUAUUAGUAUUGAAACAUUCAGGUAUAUUUCGCAGCCAUUCAGAAAAAAUGUAAAAAUACUUUCAAGCGUUCUGUUAAGACUUAAGCUUCUAAAGAUAAAGGAAGAUUAUUUCAGCUUCUCCAUCGUCAACUUCCCAUAUUUAUGUAGCAAUAUUCCAUUAUCACCUGCAUAUGGUGUUUAUAUAUAUCUCAACUGAUUCGAUACGCAAGACCUUGUUCUGCUUAUAGUCAGUUUUUAAAUCGAAGCAGGCUACUGACAAACAAGUUGAUGGUGCAAGGGUUCCAACAGUCUCGUUUAAAGUCAGCAUCUCGCAAAUUCUAUGGUCGUUAUAACGGUACAACCUAUCAUUGUGUUCAAAUGCUGGUACACUGAAUUUUACUACAAAUAACUCCGUUUACCUGAUCAAGAUAUAGGGCUCACGGCGGGUGUGACAGGUCGACAGGGGAUGCUUACUUCUCCUAGGCAUCUGAUCCCACCUCUGGUAUCUCCGGGGGUCCGUGUUUGUCCGCUCUCUAUUUGGUAUUGCUUAUUGGAGUUAUGAGAUUGAUCACUGUGUACCAUAUGUUGAUUUAGUCUAUCGGUGUUAAAGCUCAAUAUUUUGAUACAAGUGUCUUUAAACCGUGUUGUUAAUCAUGUAAAAAUGAUUGUUGUAUGAAUUCUGUGAUUAUGUAUGUACUUGAAUAAAAUGAAUAAUGUACUUGAAUAAAAUGAAAUGCAAAUACAUGUAUAUAUUGAUACUUGAAAGCAUUUGUACAACGCCGACCCAAUUUCGGUUUCAUUUUCUGAGCACUUGACUUUUGUCUUUCAAACAAUCAUAUAACACAAGUGACUUUAGGGUCAAUGUAAAAGUCUCCAUCCGAUUUAAGUGUACCUUUGGCCUAGAAAUGUUACAAUAAAUAUCAAGCUAGAGAAA